AUGUUAAAAACUAUUUGUUUAAAACCAGGUAAACGAGAUGAUAGUCUAAAUCGAAUUGGAUACAAAAGUACUUUUGUUUUACCAAAUUUUUUUGAAUUUACAAACAGAAUUAUAUUCGUAAAUGGUGGUAUCGAGAAAUUUAAGCAAUUUAUUAUAAAAAAAUAUGAAAAAUGUUUAUCAGAAAAGUCUGUACCAGAUGAUGCACGAGCGUGUUUAAAAUUAAAUGAUGCACAAAAAUGUUUAUUUAAGGAAUCUGACAAUAAUUGGGCGUACCGCUACGAAUGUGACAUGUUAUAUAAAAUAUAUGAAAGAGAAUUACCGAAUGCAACAAAAUGGUGUACCCAAUUCGCAGUUCAAGUGACUCCCAAAGAAUUUAUAAUAGAAAAAUACCAUGAAGAAAUAAGGGCAGAAGAUCUGGCAAGAUUAACAAUUAAAAGUAAUGAUAAAUAUCCUUAAAAAUCAUUCUAUAAAAUACAAAAAUUCACUAUGUAAUUCAAAUUCCUGUUUUAUACAUACUAUUUGUAUUUCAACAUAAAACCAAAAAAAAAAAAAAAGAAAAAAAAAUAAUAUUAAUAAAAGUUAAAAUUAAAGUUAAUGCUAAUUUUAUGACUGAGGUAGUUCGACCAAAAUAAAAUAGAAAUAUUUUCUCCAAUGCAGGGGUUCUUAAACUAUUUUUUUCACAUUGUCCUUUUUACAAUUUAAUUCAGCCACGGUGAACUGCUGUGAAUGACAUGAAAGACAAAACAAAAAAAAAUUCUAUACAUUUUAAAUUAUACACCGUGGUGCACAGUUAAGGAUCCGCUCCUCUAAUGAAUUAUGUUAUUUUAAAUUAUUUAAUAUCUUACUAAGCAUGAUUGCA